CUCACUGCAGCAAGCACGUCUUGAACGCAACACGCGUGUUCACUUCAGGGACAGCCUCUUCCUCCGGACACGUCAGCCGUCACAUAUCCCACCGCUGGCGGCUGCAGUCGGAAUCGGGGCGCUGACGACAGGCUAGCGGCCACUGCGCUCAGCCGAUUGCUAUCUUGGUUAAACUUUAAUAAGUCACUUGGAGCUCCCCCGCCCACUGCCCCAUCCACCACUGGGGCCUGGUCACUUUCUUGGGUUGAAAAGCGGCGUCACUUGGACGUGGGAGACGGAGCGUGGAAGAACGCGACGUCGAGUCAAAUGAAGGUGUGAGUGGUGGACGGCAACAAUGACUAGCGACGCGGUGGUGCGCACAAGUCUGACCUGGAUCAAGCAGGUGGUGGGCCGGGGUGCGGCGGGACGCCUGGCCGGCGGAGGGACUUUCCAUCACGGAUUGGAGAGGGAAAUUUUGUGCAAAAGGCAGGAAUUCCACAGAUAUUCCUCCCUUGCUGCCGGGCCAAAUCAUGGUGGCAAGGCCAGCACAAUUGGGACCAAGCAGACCAGUUGGCACACAGUGCGCACCCCCUGCAGGAUGCUGACUCAGGACAACUCGUCUAUGGGGAGGCUGACAGCGGAGGACAUGGACAAGGCGAGGCGUGCUAAGACAGCACACCUGGAGCCCUACAAGCAAGUGCUUGGUGAAAACGCAAGAGCGAGGAAAGUGCCCAUCACUCGUUUUGGACGCCUGAUGAGUUUUGGAGGCCUUGCUGUUGGACUCGGAAUCGGUGCCAUUGCUGCAGUAGCCAAAAAGACGUUCAAACCCAAACAACAACAAGGCCAUAAAAAGUCUGUCCUGGACUCCAACGCCUUCCUGUCUGAAGCUAACGCUGAGAGAAUCGUGCGGACGCUGUGCAAAGUUCGAGGAGCUGCACUUAAAAUAGGACAGAUGCUCAGUAUUCAAGACGAAGCCUUCAUGAACCCUCAACUAGCCAAAAUUUUCGAGCGUGUUCGACAGAGCGCUGACUUCAUGCCCACCAAACAGAUGAUGAAGGUGAUCAGCGGAGACCUCGGUCCGGACUGGCGGGAACAGCUGGAAUACUUUGAGGAGAAGCCAUUUGCAGCCGCCUCCAUCGGCCAAGUGCAUCUGGCAAGGCUGAAAGAUGGCAGAAGCGUCGCCAUGAAGGUUCAGUACCCUGGGGUGUCCAAGAGUAUCGAAAGUGAUGUGAACAACAUCAUGACAGCUCUGAGUUUAAGCAAAGCACUGCCGGAAGGUCUGUUCCCUGAGCAUCUGAUGGAAGUCAUGAGCAGAGAGCUGGCGCUGGAAUGCGAUUACGUCAAAGAGGCCAAAUGUUGCAAAAAGUUCCAAGAGCUUCUUAAGGAGCACCCGUUCUUCUACGUGCCUGACGUGAUUGACGAAUUGAGCGGCCGUCAUGUGCUCACCACCACCCUGGUGAGUGGCUUCCCGCUCGACAGGGCUGCAAACCUCCCGCAGGAACUCAGGAACGAGAUCUGUGAGCAGAUCCUCAUUUUGUGCCUGAGGGAACUUUUUGAGUUCCGCUUCAUGCAGACUGAUCCCAACUGGUCCAAUUUCUUCUACGACCCACAAACGCACAAAGUGGCGCUGUUGGACUUUGGUGCCACGCGGGAAUUUGAUAAAAGUUUCACAGACAUCUACAUUGAGGUAAUCAACGCAGCUGCACAUCAAAACAGAGAAGAGGUGCUGCAAAGAUCCAGAGACAUGAAGUUCCUCACCGGAUUCGAAUCAAAGGCGAUGGAGAAGGCCCAUGUGGACGCCGUGAUGAUUUUGGGCGAGGCCUUUUCUUCCACGCGGCCGUUCGAUUUCGGCGAACAGAGCACUACGGAGCGCAUCCACCGGCUCAUCCCGGUGAUGCUUCGCCAACGCCUCACACCGCCUCCCGAGGAGACGUACUCGUUGCACCGCAAGAUGGGUGGUUCCUUUUUGGUAUGCUCCAAGCUCAAGGCCCGAGUGUCGUGCAGAGACAUGUUCCAAAAGGCCUACGAGCACUACUGGCAGGACGAACGGCCUGCCUGAGGACUUUUUUUUUUUUUCCUGGCCACUUGAUUGAAAGUUUGAAUAUCACCCUGAUCGGGUUUGUUACAUAUCUACAACUUGUUUUUUGAAUGUGUAAGUUUGAGUCCUAAAGCAUUUAUAUUAAAGAAUCCCUUUUUGAACAUUUUUUUCAAUUUACUGGCUGGUUAACUGAUUAUUUCUAGCUGU